UGGAUGUUUAAUAGGAGAGACGGUCGGACGUCCCCGCUGUUUGUAGUAUUUACAGACUAAACAAUUAAAUUCAGUGUGAAAACUUACCUUACUUCGUUCACUAACACACAAGACGAUGAAUGGUAAGUCAACAAACGGUAAUGUGGGGGGAAUGGCCUGUAUCGAGGGUCUGCCCCCGCUGCCGAAGAGCCUGAGCGGCUUGCUGAACUCAAGCGGCGGCUCCUGGAGAGAAAUGGAGAGGAUGUAUGUGAAGAAAACCAUGAUCCAGGACGACUUGAGCCGAGGCAGGAACAACGCGGACAACUUGCUGGCGAACAAGCCGGCCAACCUCGACGCUGCCCUGGCUCUUCUGCGGAAAGAGAUGGUGGGUUUGCGUCAGCAGGACAUGUCCCUGCUGUGCCAGCUGUGGUCUCUCCACGAGUCAAUCCAGGAGUACAAGGGCAGCUGCCAGGACCUGAGCGCCGCGUCCAGCCUCAGCAUGAUGGAGAACGGCUACUUCGACGAGGAUGACGAGUAUUACCCGGAGCCUGGCGCCACUCCCACCGGGGAGCAGCCGGACGGGGAGGUUGGAGACGGGACAGCAACAAUGGCAGCAGCCAAGAAUGGGAGCAGCAGUGGCAAAGAUGACAGCUGGGACUCCUUUCACGUUACCAUCUGAGGCUUCAUUCUCAGCAUUUAUCUGCAGAUGGAAAGACGUUUUUUGGGGGGGGGGUAACGGACUGAAGUAAGCUGGAGAAAAAGUUGAGUGGCUCUGAGAACCUUUUGCCCCUGGAGAAGGGAGUGGUUGGUUAGAGAUAGCAGCUCAUGGUGUCUCUUUACCGUAAUAAACUAUAAAUGUAAAGCACCAGCUCCAGCUUAACUUGCGCUCCUCCUCGGGUGAAACAUAUACCUGCUUGUGCUGCAGAAUGUUUUUUUGCAGCGUGACCAGGAGCUUCAUCACACUGCGGAGCUGAGCGGCCGGGUGUCCUGCUUUCUAACAUCCUCUGAAACACUCAGGAGUUGAGAUGGAUUGUAUUCAAAGACUCAAUAUACUCAAAAUUAGGCAAUAUAUACAAUGCAUUUCUUUUUAUAAUCAGCUCUGCUGCUGCUUCCGUAUCAAGUGGUUUUGCUAACCAGUCACCCUUUUAUGGUAGAACGUUUUUUACAUAUUCAAAAUAUAUGAACAAAGUUUUUAUUAUUUAUUAUAUAAUAUAAAUAACAAGAUAUUUGCUUUCCUGUUACUUUCAAUGAACGUUUUGUGCUGCAGCUCCACCCAGGCACAAGGGUACAGUAUUUACAGGCUGGAAAAGUGAACACACAAGAUGGGAUUUCUGAACGCUGCGAGCGAUGUUGGUGCAAAAAAAUGAUCGACUUUGUGGACAUGUUGAUGGGGAUGGUGUGUGUGUUACUUUUAAAUGGUGAAAUAACUCAUUUACGUAAAUCCAGAAGGUCUGGGCAGAAGUUGUCAGACCAGAGAAAGAGGUGGAGACCUUACACCUGUUCACAGUGUGAAAAUGCUUGAAAGCACAGUGAUGUUUUUGUACAGGGGUGAGGUUGACACUUUUUUUUGCCUCUCAGCUGAAGCAGGUAUUUGCUCAGAAAAUGUGAAAUGUUCAAAAUGCUGGAAACAGUUUUUUAAACUGUUUGCAUGGGUGAAAAACCUGGAAGCCCAGUGUAGCAGGCUGCAGAUACAGUAGAGUGUUUCCCUGAUUUCAAAGCUGUCACUGCUUGAACACAUUAAGGGUAACUGUGAUGUGGAAGGCCCAGGUUGUAUCCAUGUAAUAGUAUGAAACAGUAUGACUUGGAUCUUGCGAAUUCUAACUUGUUCAUUACAGCUUCGGGCCUAUUUUGUAGUCAUGGGCUUUAUUUCUAUCAAUGAUAACAUUGUACUCACAAGGUAAUUGCUGAUUGCGGCAAAAAAAGUCAGAUGAAAUCUCAGUAAUUUAUUUGUUGGGUGCAAUAUUAUUAUCAUCAAUAGAAAUGAAAGCCAAAACUAUGACAACAAAACCCAAGUUGUAAUAAAUGAUAAUUAUCCCUCUAUGUAGCUAACUGGCAAGUGCUAACACAUUUGCAGUAAUUGAAAAUAAUCAGGAAAAAACUGGAUAAAAUUAAAUGUUGAGCCAUUUUCCACAUAGCCACCUUUGUGACAUUUAUUCUUAAUAUAUUCUAUCAAAUAAAUGUUGCCAAGAGUUGAGAAGCUGUGACUGGCAAUGAUCAACUUCUCACAUAAUUUGCACUUGCUAGUUUGAACGUAUUUUCCUUAACAGCCGUGACAUUGAUGGUGAAUCAGAGGUGUGUAAAUCUGAUUGGCCCCUUGGUGGUCAAUGAGUUAGAAUAGUUCUGUUUUGGUCAAAGUGCGUUGGGGGGGGCUGUAUUGACCAGGCGGGUUUCUGUUGUCACUGUGGCCUUCAAAUAUUGCUCACAGUGCAAACACAAAGCUGUAGCUCUAAACCUGGUAGCAAAUAUUGCAUACAGGGUACUUUAUAAUACUUUGUAUCCGAGGUAAAGAUCUUAACCAGUCUCAUCUUAACAACACAUGCUCUGCUGCAGCUAGCAGAUGCCUGCAGUUACUCUGUACAGCCUCAUGGUCAGGCUGGACAUUAUUUAAGACAUGUCAGAGAGAUGCAAUUGAUAUUAUAUCAGUGUUUCAUCACAUCUGCAAAGCACCAAGUUUCUGUUUAACUAUCUGAGCCUCAUCUUGAAACUGAAGUAGUGAGCCUUCCAUGACUACUCAAUACUGCUCACUAAUAAGAUUGUAACAGCAAGUGUUUUUUUUUUUUUUGUCUAUUAUGCUCAAUGUUUGCAUGUGGACAAAAUAGACAAAAACCCUCCAGUACACUGACAUACUGCUCUCCUGACGGAUCUCUGCUCACAGUCUGAAGAGCGUUUCGAUUGACAUUUCUAACAGAAAUACUCCUCAAACACAGCCUUACUUCAAACUCUAGGUUUCUUCUCUUGCUGUCGUCCUGCGCCAUGUAUCCUACAACAGGCAAAGACAUUUGGAUGUGUGAAUAUUCUUAAUCUACUACUCAUAUGUAUGGUCCGUGUGGUCUUCCUUAACUUCUAAACUCUACAGCAAAGGUCUCAGCUGCUCAGUACACAGCAGCUGAUCUGUCACUCAAACUGCAAUACUGUCAGUACCCACCAUCACUUUGAGAAAGGUGUAGAAAGUUAAUAUUUUGUGUGUUGAUGUUGUGUUUAUAUAGAUCAUAUGACGUCAUCCGUUUGUCAACUGGUCCGCUAUCUGUGUGCUAACGGAACACAAACCAAAGAAAGUAAUAGCGCUCAAAAUGAAAUGUAUUCGGUUUAAGGUGCUGAAGAAAACUUAAUUAUCACAAAUGGUUAAAUUUUACUUUAAAAAGGUACAGUACAUAAUGAUAUCUAAUGUCUUGAAGAAUGUCUUUACAAGUUAUGAUGAAAUGAGUAGGACACUUAACUCUGCCUUGAACCCACUCAUAGGAACACUAAUGUUUUCAGUCAGAUAACACACAAUGCUUGAUUUCUAAUUACACGCUUAUUGUGAAGUUGAUGUCAGCGACUGACGUUUAGACUGAGUCUAAACAAUUCGUUUAUUGUUGAACGCUGUCGCACCUACACACAUUGUUUAACGAGUCAAAGGUGUAGUAACAGAAAACUGUACAGAACGUACAGUAGUUAAUACAGCGGUGUAAUGUUAAAGGAACAGUUUGACAUUUUGAGAAAUGUGCUUAUUUGCUUAUUUUGCACAGAAUUAGAGAAGAAGAUCGAAACCACUGUCGUGUCUACAGUAAAUAUGAAGCCACUGCUAGCAGCUGGUUAGCCUAGCUUAAUUUAGCACAAUAACUGGAAAGAGGAGGAAA